UGGCAUGCCUUAUUCUGGAAAGCCUGAUCCGGACCUGUUAGUGCUUGGAUCAGGGUUGCCGUAUUAUGGCAUUCUCUGUCAGCGCCACAAUGAGGGCUGCUUUAUUAGCGCCUGAUCGAGGAAAUCUUUAUGCGACCCUGAUCAGGUUUUGUCUAAAAUUUUCUAUCGAACGUGCUCACGCAUCAUUUUGAAAUUGCAUGCAGAUGGCGUGCUGCAUGAGAGAAGUGAGAGAAAGUAGAUUAAGAUAUUCGAAGUGUGCGAGGGAGAAUUGGAGAAGCGUUGUGCGAGCAGUGAGAUAUUGUGCGUAUAGCAAGACGUCGUGCGCAAUAGCGAGGAUUGUAAGUGCGGAAAGGACUUGUACGUGUGCAGUAGGAGGUGUUGUACGGCGGCGUGGUGCAAGGAGGUCGAAGCGAGAGAAGUCUCGACGUGGUGAGCGUGCGUCGCGAACUCUGAGAGGACUAUAAAGCAUGAUGUCCCAAAGAAAGUAUACUAAUGUAACAGGGAGAUUGGAAGGGAAGCGUUCGAAAGAGCUCAUGUCCUCUACCAGUCUUUCUGGUAUGUCGCAGUUAUCCAAUAGCAGCGAGGAAGCAUUGGAGGCCUUGGUACAUAAAUCCCAUAAAUGUAAUAAUUCAGAAAACGCAACGAAUGCAAGAAACGCGCUAAACAACGAAUGGUUAUUGAAUGGACCAAAUGGAAGCAAGGCACCCGUUUUACGUUUCAAGUGUUCCGCCUUAGACAAGCCACCAGAAGAUCCACCUGCUAAGCAGUUACACAUGACUUACAAAAUCUUUCAAACUGACACUAGACUCAUCAAUCGCCUGCUGCAAUCGCAUGGCUUAACAGAGGUACCUAUGAGUGAGACAGAUUUUAACAUACUGUGGAUGGGAAGUCAUCCAAAACCAGAUAUUUUGCGGAAUUUGAUGCCUUAUCAAAAAAUAAACCAUUUUCCUAGGUCUUACGAAAUUACCCGUAAGGAUCGCCUCUACAAAAAUAUCGAAGCUAUGCAGAGGAGUAAAGGCCUUCGAAAUCUUGAUUUUAUACCUCAAACAUUUCUACUGCCUACUGAAGCCAGAGAAUUGAUUUCGGCGCAUUUCAGAUAUAGAGGCCCAUGGAUCGUCAAGCCUAAGGCCAGUUCGCGAGGCCGUGGCAUUUACAUUGUCAAUAAUCCUGAGAAGAUCCUGACAGAUGAAUCAGUUAUUGUGGCGCAAUACAUAAAUAAUCCGCUUUUAGUCGAUGGACAUAAAUGUGAUUUGCGUCUCUAUGUAGCUGUAACAAAUUACGAUCCUCUGCUAAUUUAUUUAUAUGAGGAAGGUUUAGUGAGGUUUGCAGCUGUUAAGUAUGAUAGUGGAAGUCAAUAUAUUUGGAAUCCUUGCAUGCAUCUUUGCAACUAUAGUAUAAACAAGUUCCACGUGGAUUACGUAAAGAGUGAAGAUCCUGAUGCUGAGGAUGUAGGACACAAAUGGACAUUGUCGGCAUUACUCAGACACUUACGCUCGAUAGGUCAAGAUACAGAAUCCCUUAUGCAGCAAAUAGAAGAUAUUAUUAUAAAGACAAUUCUUGCCACUGCAUCUGGAAUUGUCAGCGGUUUAAAGCAGUUCGUAAAACAUCCUGAGACGUGUUUCGAGCUAUUUGGCUUUGAUAUAUUGAUUGAUGAUACGUUGAAGCCGUGGCUGUUGGAAGUAAAUUUAACCCCCUCAUUGGGAUGUGAUUCACUACUAGAUGUUAAACUCAAGUCAGCUUUAAUAGCGGACUUACUUACUCUCGUCGGUAUAGUUGCUGUCGAUCCAAUCCUGCGCUCUCAAAAUUUAAACCGUGCUGCCGUAAAUUCCAAUAAAAAGAUAACUAGUUACAGAAGAGUGCAGUCCGCUGAAACAUUAUCUCAAGGAAAGAAGAAUAUUAAUAGAAAUAAUAAAAACAAAGCAACUCUGAGCACUUUAAGCUCAGAGCAACAACGAAUAGUAGCGUCUGCGAAAGCGCAAUUUGAGAGAAGAGGCGGAUUUGUUAGAAUAUUUCCAAGUCCAAAAUCUUGGGAGCUCUAUUCGCAAUACUUGGAUUCAAUUACAGGUGUACCAAUGAUAUCAGAUCCACUUGGUCCAAGGAGAUUACCGCAACAUACUAAUACUAAUCAUAAUCUGAUGUUGCAUGAACAAUUGUUUCCUGCAGCCAAUCGCGUUACCGGCUACAUUAUUCCAGAAGUAACAUUAGACAGAUUAUCUAGAUAUGAAAGAUAUGAAAGAGCAUUGGUAAAGGGCUACAAACAAAGCUUGGACAGAGGAAAUAAUAAAGAGAAUGUAGAUAUAGAUAUGUACAAAUAUAAAAGCCAAGUAAUACAAUUGAUGCAGGAAGGCAAUAAACUUAGUUCUGGUGAAGCGAGGAGAGCCUUUGGCUUAUAUCUAGGUUAUAUAUUACGAAAAAUAUCGCAGCCUAAUGCAGAUCCGGGAUGUUAUGAUCUCGUUAUGAAGUUUCUCCAACAUUCAUCCUGCAGUUUAAGAACACCGUUUUUAUUUACGUUACCAUGCAGUAAGUUAAGUGACAAGGAUCGAGCUGCCAUUACUGCAAAGCAACUUUCCGACUUCUUGCAUCUGUAUAACAGAGAAACGGAGCUUUACGAAGACACCGUAGAUCGGCCUCGCACUGUCCCUAAUAAACUUUUCCAAAAGUUUUUAGCUGCCGCAAGCGAACAAGACCUCGAUGAUGUGCUAAUUCUGCAAACACGUCUUUACAAGUGUGCUCACAGUUUCUUAGGAAGAAGUGGUUUUGCUGGCAAUCUGCGCGGCGCUAAUCUUCUUGGAUCUUUACCGCAUAUUACAUCGCGAGUAUAUUCCAAUGCUGCCGCAACAGAACAGUGCAGAUGUAGUAGUUAUUCAAUCAAUAGAUUACGUCUCAAGAGGAUUAAAAGAAAUAGAUACAAAUAAACUGGACAAGAACACCGAGCGUUCUUCUCUAUAUGUACGUCUCACUAUAUCUCUAAUGUGGUUUUCUCGAAUGUCUUAUUGUUAGCUGAACAGAAACGGAGUAGAAAGAUAUAGCGAGGCCUAUAUGUAGGAAUGCUCGGUCUAGUCUAAUCAUGACUCUAAAUGUGAGUACAAAUACAAUGUGCAUUAUUAAUGUACCUUGUCUAUGUACACUGUUCGUGAGCUAGCAGUUGCACUGUAGCUCCUCACAUUGUUUCUUUAUUUUCUUUACACACUAUAAUUUUAUGCAACAAUUACGUCAGUUUGCAGACUAAAUUUAAGACGUCCUAAACUUAUUUUAAAACGACAUUACACAAAUUUGUGUUCUAAGCAGAAAUCAUAUAAACAAAUUGCUUAACU